AUGUUCAACUUGAUGAAAAAGGACAAAGAGAAGGAUGUGGGGAGGAAGGAGAAGAAGGACAAGAAAGACAAGCGAGAGAGGAUGUCUGCCGCAGAGCUUCGCAGCCUUGAUGAAAUGAGCAUGAGAAGGGGCUUCUUCAAUCUGAACCGCAGCUCCAAGCGGGAUUCCAGGAACAAGCUGGAGAUUUCCAACCCCAUCCCCAUCAAAGUAGCCAGUAGCACCGAGCUCAGCCUGACCGAUAUAGAAUCUGAUGGCCUUAGUAACCGGAGCAGCAUGGUCCUGGAUGCAGACCAGCUCAGUGCAGCCAGCUCCAGUGAUGACCUGAAGGGGGAUUAUGGCCAAGAUGGGCACCGUGCAUCCGUAAAGGAGCGGGCAGCUAGGUUUGGUUCUCUGGCCAUGCAGAAUUCCCAGAUGGGCCAGAUUAUGAAGCGCUUUUCUUUCUCUCAGAGGAGUAAAGAAGAGAGUCCUUCGGAAGGUUCUACACCAUCUGGGCAGAAUUCGGCCGCACCCUCCCCUCAGGUGGAGGUCAAACUCCUUGACUUGCAGCAGCGGAAACAGAGCCUCCAGCAGCAGCAAGUGGCUCCUGUCAAAAAGGUUCACAUCCCAGAGGUUGUGGAGAAGACUUUUCCAGCAGACUUGCGCCUGCCUGCUGUUGUCCAUCCACCAAAGCCAGAGGUGAGGGAGCUGGAGCUCCAGAGACGCAAUACUGGCGACUUUGGUUUCUCUCUGCGCCGAACGACGAUGCUGGAUCGUGGCACAGAUGGAGGAGUGUAUAGACGUGUGGUUCACUUUGCAGAGCCUGGAGCUGGUACCAAGGACCUGGCCCUGGGGCUGGUGCCUGGAGACCGACUGGUGGAGAUCAAUGGGAGAAAUGUGGAGAACAAGAAUAGAGAUGAGAUCGUGGAGAUGAUCCGGCAAUCAGGUGACACUGUGCGACUGAAGGUGCAGCCCAUCCUUGAGUUGAGUGAACUGAGCCGCUGCUGGCUGAGGAACACGGAAGGGCUGCGGCGUGAGGCCUUUGAUGUGAAGACGGAGGAGCAGAUAGCUGCAGAGCAAGCAUGGUACGGCUCAGAGAAAGUGUGGCUGGUCCACAAAGAUGGGUUCUCCCUGGCCACUUUGCUGAAGACAGAGGCAGGCAGUCUGCCAGAGGGGAAGGUGAAGAUCAAACUGGAGCAUGAUGGGACAGUACUGGACGUUGAUGAAGAUGAUGUGGAGAAGGCGAACCCCCCUUCGUUUGACCGCUGCGAGGACUUGGCGACUCUGCUCUACCUGAAUGAGUCGAGUGUGAUGCAUUGUCUACGGCAGCGCUAUGGUGGAAAUCUCAUCCACACAUAUGCAGGACCCAGCAUGGUGGUCAUCAACCCCAUCAGUGCCCCUUCUAUGUACUCUGAGAAGGUGAUGCACAUGUUUAAGGGCUGCAGGAGAGAGGACACGGCCCCACAUAUUUAUGCUGUGGCACAGACGGCCUACCGGAACCUUCUGACCACACGGCAGGACCAGUCCAUUGUGCUGCUGGGCAAGAGUGGCAGUGGCAAGACCACCAACUGCCAGCACCUGGUUCAGUAUCUGCUGUCCAUUGCUGGUAGCACUGGCAAGAUCUUCUCAGCAGAGAAAUGGCAGGCAGUCUACACAAUCCUGGAGGCCUUUGGGAACUGUGCCACUUCUAUGAAUGCAAACGCCAGCCGCUUUUCCCAGAUUGUCUCCCUGGACUUUGACCAGGCUGGCCAGGUGGCCUCUGCCUCCAUUCAGACUAUGCUGCUGGAAAAGCUGAGGGUAACCAAGCGCCCGGAGGCUGAGUCCACUUUUAAUGUCUUUUACUACAUGAUGGCUGGAGCAGACAGCACUCUAAGAACUGAACUACAUUUUAACCAUUUUGCUGAGAACAACACAUUUGGAGUUGUGCCUCAGAUGAAGCCUGAGGACAAGCAGAAGGCAGCACAGCAGUUCACUAAGCUGCAGGCAGCUAUGAAGGUGCUUGGCAUCUCUGCUGAAGAACAGAAAGCUCUUUGGCUCAUACUGGGGGCCAUCUACCACCUAGGAGCGGCCGGGGCAACUAAAGCUGGCCGUAAGCAGUUUGCACGUCAUGAGUGGGCUCAGAAGGCAGCGUACCUGCUGGGCUGCAGCCUGGAAGAGCUCUCCUCCUCCAUCUUCAAGCACCAGCCCAAAGGAACCCUGCAGAGAUCCACCUCUUUCCGCCAGGGGCCGGAUGACGUUGGGGCCGGAGACAGCUCAGGUCCAAAGAUCACAGCUCUGGAAUGUCUGGAGGCCAUGGCUGCUGGACUUUAUUCUGAGCUCUUCACUCUCGUCAUCUCCCUCGUCAACCGAGCGCUGAAGUCCAGUCAGCAUUCUCUGUGUUCUCUGCUGAUUGUGGACACACCAGGCUUUCAGAACCCUCGGCUGACUAAGCAAGCUCGUGGUGCCACCUUUGAGGAGCUGUGUCAUAACUACGCUCAGGAGCGCUUGCAGACCCUCUUUCAUGAGCGCACGUUUGUGCAGGAAUUAGAGCAUUACAAGGAGGAAAACAUAGAGCUUGCAUUAGAUGACAUAGAGUCCAGUACAUCAUUGUCUGUAGCAGCUAUAGACCAGGCCUCAGCCCAAGCUCUGGUAAGGACGCUCGCGCGGACAGAUGAGGCACGGGGGUUGCUGUGGCUGAUGGAGGAGGAGGCCCUGCAGCCCGGAGGCUCUGAGGAGACUCUACUGGAACGCCUCUUCAGCUACUAUGGCCCCUCAGAGGGAGAGGCUAAAGGCCCCAACCUGCUCCUGAAGAGCGAGAAGUCUCAUCACUUCCUCUUAGGUCACAGUCACGGCACAGACUGGGUGGAGUACAACGCUCAGGGCUGGCUGAGCCAUGCCAAGCAGAACCCAGCCUCACAAAAUGCUGCCACUCUGCUGCAAGACUCACAGAAAAAGAACAUCAGUGGGCUGUUUAUGGGGCGUUCUGGAGGGGCUACUGUGCUGUCUGGCUCUAUCGCUGGACUAGAGGGUGGCUCUCAGCUGGCCCUGCGCCGGGCCACCAGCAUGAGGAAGACCUUCACUACCGGUGUUGCUGCUGUCAAGAAGAAGUCCCUCUGUAUCCAGAUCAAGCUGCAAGUGGAUGCUCUCAUAGACACAGUGAGACGCUCUAGGGUGCACUUCGUGCACUGCUUGGUUCCCAAAUCAGAAGCCCAGAGUACAGAGCCACGCAUACUCGGGGGACCUUCUCCCCGUUCUGGGGAUAGCGAGGCCCAUGGAGAGAACUGUGAGACCGGCCUCAUGCAGCUGGAUGUGGGAUUGCUCCGUGCUCAACUCCGAGGCUCUAAAUUACUAGAUGCACUGCGCAUAUACCGGCAAGGUUACCCUGAUCACAUGGUCUUCUCUGAGUUCCGCCGCCGCUUUGAUGUACUAGCGCCCCACCUGACCAAAAAGCAUGGGCGCAACUACAUUGUGACGGACGAGAAGAGGGCUGUGGAGGAGCUACUGGAAUCAUUGGAGCUGGAGAAAAGCAACUAUCAUAUGGGCCUGAGCAGGGUAUUCUUCAGGGCAGGUGUUCUGGCCAAGCUGGAGGAGCAGAGGGACAUGCAGACCAGGCGCAACAUCACACUCUUCCAGGCCGCCUGCAGAGGAUACCUUGCCCGGCAGGCCUUUAAGAAAAGAAAGAUCCAGGACCUGGCUAUCCGCUGCAUCCAGAAGAACAUUAAGAAGAACCGGGGUGUGAAGGGCUGGCCCUGGUGGAAGCUCUUCACCACAGUGCGGCCGCUGAUUGAGGUGCAGCUCACAGAGGAGCAGAUCCGUGGAAAAGAUGAGGAGAUUCAGCAGCUGAAGCAGAAGCUGGAGAAAGUGGAGAAGGAGAGAAAUGAGCUGCGACUCAACACUGACCGUUUAGAGAGCAGGAUCACAGAGCUGUCAUCUGAGCUCACUGAUGAACGGAACACAGGGGAGUCUGCCUCUCAGCUGCUGGAGUCCGAGACCUCAGAGAGACUACGACUUGAGAAAGACAUGAAGGACCUCCAGGCCAAGUAUGAUUCCAUGAAGAAGCAGAUGGAGUCUAUGGAGAUGGAAGUGAUGGAGUCUCGGCUCAUACGUGCCUCUGAGCUGAACGGGGAGAUGGACGAUGACGACACAGGUGGAGAGUGGAGGUUGAAGUAUGAGCGAGCGGUUAGAGAGAUUGAGUUCACCAAGAAGAGACUACAGCAAGAAUUUGAUGACAAACUGGAAGUGGAGCAGCAGAGCAAGAGGCAAUUGGAAAGACGGCUGACGGACCUGCAGGCAGACAAUGAGGAGAUGCAGCGGGUGGCGCAGCAGCUGAAGAAAAAGUGCCAGAGGCUGACAGCCGAGCUACAGGACACCAAGCUGCACCUGGAGGGCCAGCAGAGCCGCAAUCAUGAGCUGGAGAAGAAGCAGAGGAAGUUUGACUCUGAGCAGAGUCAGGCUCAGGAGGAGGUGCAGAGGGAGAGGAGUCAGCGUGAGAAGCUGAGCCGAGAGAAAGACAUGCUGACUGGAGAAGUGUUCAGCCUCCGACAACAGCUGGAGGAUAAAGAUCUGGAGAUGUGUGCGAUCAAUCUGAAGUUAGAGCAGAUGGAGGCAGAGCUACAGGACCUAAACUCACAGGAGUCAAAGGACGAAGCUUCACUGGCCAAGGUUAAAAAGCAGCUCCGUGACCUGGAAGCAAAGGUCAAAGAUCAGGAGGAGGAGCUGGACGAGCAAGCAGGCACCAUUCAAAUGUUGGAGCAGGCUAAGCUGCGUCUGGAGAUGGAGAUGGAGAGGCUCAGACAGAUGCACUCCAAAGAGAUCGAGAGCAAAGAUGAAGAAGUGGAGGAGAUCAGACAGUCCUGCAGUAAGAAGCUGAAGCAGAUGGAGGUGCAGUUGGAGGAGGAAUAUGAAGACAAACAGAAGGUCCUUAGAGAAAGGAGAGAGCUGGAGGCCAAGCUGCUGACCGCUCAAGACCAGGUGAGUCACAGAGAUGUGGAGACAGAGAAGCGCCUGAGGAAGGACCUGAAGCGCACCAAAGCCCUGCUGGCCGAUGCCCAGAUCAUGCUGGACCACCUGAAAAACAACGCUCCCAGCAAGAGAGAGAUCGCCCAGCUGAAAAACCAGCUGGAGGAGUCAGAAUUCACCUGUGCUGCUGCAGUCAAAGCCCGUAAGUCCAUGGAGGUGGAGAUUGAGGAUCUUCAUGUUCAGAUGGACGACAUCUCCAAAGCCAAGCAGGCGCUGGAGGAGCAACUGAGCCGCGUGCAGCGUGAGAAGAAUGACCUACAGUCGCGCAUGGAGGAGGACCAGGAGGACAUGAAUGAGCUCAUGAAGAAGCACAAAGCUGCUGUUGCCCAGUCGUCUCAGAGCUUGGCCCAGAUCAGUGAGCUCCAGGCCCAGCUGGAGGACGCUUUGAAAGAGAAACAGGAAGUCCAGGAGAAGCUCACAGCCCUGCAGAGUCAGCUGGAGUUUCAGGAGCAGUCCAUGGUGGACAAAUCUCUGGUCACCAGGCAAGAGGCCAAGAUCCGUGAGAUAGAGACCAAACUUGAGUUUGAGAAGACACAGGUCAAGCGCCUGGAGGGUUUGGUGUCCAGGCUAAAGGAGAACGUUGAGAAGCUUACAGAGGAGCGUGACCAACGCAGCACCAGCGAGAACCGCGAGAAGGAGCAGAACAAGCGGCUACUGCGACAAAUGCGUGACCUCAAGGAGGAGAUGGCCGAGCUGGCCAAGAAGGAGGCUGAAGCCAGCCGCAAGAAACACGAGCUGGAAAUGGACAUUGAGAGUUUGGAGGCUGCGAACCAGAGUCUCCAGGCAGACCUCAAGCUGGCCUUCAAACGGAUUGGUGACCUGCAGGCCGCUAUUGAGGAUGAAAUGGAGAGUGAUGACAAUGAAGAUCUAAUUAACAGCGAGGGAGACUCUGAUUCAGGCUCUGAAGUGGAGGGUCGUGUGGAUGGGGUGAAGUCAUGGCUCUCUAAGAACAAGAGCUCCGCCAAGAACCUGUCAGACGACGGCAGCCUGAAGAGUUCAAGCCCCCCAUCUGGCCGAAGACGCUUCUGCCUCGACAGAUCUGAUGAGGAAGAAGAGGAGGAGGAGAAAGAAGAAGGCAGGAGCUCCUACCGCUCUAGAUACUCUGGCAGCAGCUACCUGAAUGACAGUGAGGGCAAGCGGUCCGAGACCACAGCGUAGUGAUUCCACACGCGUACACAAACACAACAUAUGCAUACACUUUGGAACGUUCUUGCCUCUCAGUAUUGAUGUUCCUCUUGAACCCUGAUGCAAAUGGCAGACUCAGAGAAUUUUCAGGACAGGAAUAUGAUGGACCUCACUGUGUUAUGAUCCUUCUUCACUGCACUGUCUGCAAGGAUACAGCCUUCACUUCUUAUUAUUACUCUUACUGCGUUUGUUGUUACUUCUAUUUGUGCGAUUCAUUUUGGGGUACUUAUGCCAUUGAGUGUCAGACUCAGCACUGUUCAGUACAUUUUCUCUUUCGUGGACUGGCUUCAUCUCCAUCCCCCCUACUACUUCCAAGCCAGUUGCACCAAGGCCCAGUAAAAUGCCCCACGAGUCCUUCCCUGCUUGAUCAGCCUCCAGCACAAGUCGAGCUGAGCCAAAGAAGUGGGAUGUAGUUUGCUAGUGCUAAGUCAGGGGGUUGUGUCCCUUUUUGCGCUUCAUAAAAAUACAAAAAUGGAAAAAAAAAAUUCUACCAAAAAAACCCUUUAUUGCGAGCAUGUUUGUAGGUUUUUAGUGCUUCUUGCUUGACUUGAGGGGAGUGGAGGGAGAGAUCCAUUGAUUUAAGCUCUGCUCUCCGCAGCUGUGGGCACUCUUCUCACACACUCUCACAGCUUCCCGAACCUCCCGGCUCUUCUUUGUCUGGUGCGCCACUCUUACAGUGCCCUGCCUGGCUGUCUGAUGGAAGCAGGCCUUCUUCUGCCUCUGUCGUCACUGUGUUUUGAUGUGGGUUGAAAGGACAGAAGUGAUUUGCCCAAGCAAAUACCAAGCUGUGCUUCAGGACAUUGAAUUCUGGGCCAGCUUUUUUCAACAUAUGUUUUGUCUUGUGGAUUUCAACUGAACUAGAUCCACCAUGAUUCAGUUGUUGAGGUGUAAACAGAAUCAUUCAGUGUUUUGAUUUGAAAUUGUAUGUUGUAGAGAAACAUACUGACAAUUUACAGUAGUGGUGAUGGGAACGAAGGGGCAAAAUGUCUAUGGUGCAAAUGCAGGCGUUUUAUGUGCCAUUCAAAAUGAUCAGUGAAACUUUGUGUCUUCAGUUUUUAUAUGUAAAGCUGAAAACACAAUGCCUCACAAUGCACUGCAUGUACCUCUUCACCAUGAAUUGAGUUUGUUAAAAUCUUAUCUCAUAACUAUUUCAUACCUUUAUAAAUGCAAUUUCAAAGCCAUUUGAUUAAAGUAUUUCACUUUGACUUAAAGCAUAUCUUAAGAUAUUGCAUCAAGAGUUUCUCUCACCAAAGAGUCGCAUGUCCAUCAUCAUGUCUUCUUCAGAGAACAUAAUUAGUUUGUUGUGAUUCUUAUCAAAGUCUUUGUAAUUCCCAGCCUCCACUUCUGCCUUCUACAGAUGUAAAUGAAUGUCUGACAUCAGGCAUAAACACUGAAACCAUUUCAUGUAAAACUUUGUGUGGUAGCUUUUAAAAGCAUUAAACAGCAUUAAAUGUAUUAAUAGCUAUGAGUGUCUGUUUCCAGUCACCACCACUGUGAACAGUCUUGACUUUGACUAGAAUUGAGCAUUUCACAUCAAACCGUCUGAAUGACUUGUUUACACCUUGAUCAUUUAAUUAUGUAGGAAUUUUGGGGGGAAUUCCCUUUUUAGUACAAGCAAGUCUUUUUGUUGGUUUUUUUCCCCCUUUUGCCAUUGUUUUAAUGCUCCUGUUUCUUGUUCAUAGCAUGCAUUCUGAUAUUUCAAAGGGAAUGUACUUGAUCCUGAGUUUGGUGCAGUUUGGUGGUUUCUUUCUAGAGUUCCUCUGCUAUUACAGUGGUCUGAUACUGGAAAACACACAGCUAUUAACAGCUGUGAAGGCUUCUAGUUUGCUACAAUACAGCAAAACACAACACACACAGAACAUGAGCUCAUGAGUUGAACCGAUGCUGUGAAAUCCUCCUUUCCUUAAGCAUGUUGUCAAGUUGGAUUCAGCAGUAUUUUCAGCCUUACCGAAUGACUUUGAUACACGUUAAGUAGAGGUGCACUUAAAGCAGACGAAAAACAAGCUCCUUUGAUUUCUAUUGUUGCUUCACUGUAUUAUGUUGCUUUCAUCGUAGUAUUUAUGAACUAGCAUUAAUGAAUUGCGCCAAGCUGCCAAAUGCACACCAUUUUUACAAUAGCAUGGGGAUGAAAGACUCAUUGCUUCUCUUUGAUUUCGAAGGGAGCCAUCAUGUGCUUUUUACACAGCUUUAUAGACUCUGCACAGGUCAAUGACUUCAUCCUCUUUUCUAUGCAGUCAAUAUUAAUUUUAAUAUGAGAAGUGCGUGUUUUAUGAUGUUGCUGGCUCAUUAAAAACACAAAGCAAAAAAAAAACACUGCUGGCUGUACACAUUAAUAUGAAUAUAUAUAAAUCUGUAUGAUUCAUCCUAGCUUUCAAAAUAGUUCAUGUUUAUUUUCUUUAUUGAAUAAAUGACCACUUGUUAUAAGUAAUAAUUCUUUUUCCAUUAUGGUUUAAUAUAUUGUAAAUAAAUGUUUGUGAUUGUUUUAGACUCGCUUCAGUAUGCUUCUUUUCCUUAUUUACUUGCUCAUCAUCUCUUAUUUUCCCCAUGAAGGCCUCUCCUCACAAAAUCCUUCUUCCCCACCUCCUUCCAGUCAUAAAUAUGCGCAUCGGCCCAUGUACUUAACAUUUCCAGAGGGUUUGUGGGGUUUUGGCUUUCAGUAUGUUUUUUUUUUUUUUUCCCCUUAAAGCACAUGUUUUCAUGUUGUUUGCUUUGAGAAUGAAGAGUGUGGUUGCUUAAGCCUUCUCUUUUUAUCGUCUAUGCAACAGGGAACACAAUGGAUACAAAAAUGGUAGCCUUUAUGAGUUUAAAGCUCAAGGCCCUCUGUCUUGCACAUCUGAGUGGCACCCUCCAUGCCCUCCAUCCAAGGAGAAGUCUGUGUACAGCUACUGUAUGACAGAGCAUAAACAGUUGCCAUUUUUUUAGGUACAUCCAUCUUACCUAUCUAUCAUCUAUCUACACUGAUUGCCCAUUUUAUCAGAAACAUCUCCCAUAUUGGGGCACGUUGUUGAUUUACGUUUGCUGACUUAUCUGUUGCUCCACAGUUCAUCAUCCGUCCUUUACCCCAGUCAUCAAUGGAAACGGGCUCUCUUUGGACCACCACUGAUAUAUUAUUUAAGUGGUGGAAGAUUCCCAGCAUAGCACUGACAGCAACAUUGUAGUGGUGAGUGUUGCGGGACUGAACAUGAUCUCAUAAUGAGAACAUCUAAAGACAACCAUGUCAAAUGUAUUUGGGCUGAAUGUGUUAGAACAAAGAAUUAUUAAGGUGUAAAAUUCCUAAACUAAUUCCUUGUGAAAGCAGGGUUCAAAGUAGGGGCCAUGGUGCGCUCGUCUUUAUUGGCCAACAGACCAUAAAUCUGUCAUCAGCCUUUGGAUGAAGAAACUCCAAAUUAGCAUUUAGAUCAAUGUCUAUGACAUGCGGAAAACACAAAGAUUAGCUCUUGCAAGAGAAAAACAGUUCCUUUAGCUAAUGAUAGUGUUUGGCUGUCUAUCUUGUUUUCCUUGUAUUAUCAGUUGUACUCUGGAUGUUUCAAGAGUAUGGACUAGAGAAAUUUGGGAGUGGCCCUUUUAAAGAGGGCAUGCCCUGGUAAGCGCUAAUGAGUUGUCCCCAAAGAAUUUGUAAUGAGGAUAUUUGGCACUGAUUAUUGUCUUCUGGCUUUGUCGGACUCUAGAGGGUGCAUCUGAGCGAGUCCAAAAUGGUUUUCUAGGAAGCUUUUGUUGUGCUUAAUUAUCUUAACAUGUGAAUGCUUUGUACAGAAAAUGUACUUUUUUUUUUCUUCAAAAAAUAGCAUAAAAAGGAAAUCCUCACGUAAAUGGCAAGUAACAUGUUUUUUUGUUUUUAGCCAUUUAGCUCCAUUCACCCCAUUGAGGACUGUCUCACAGGCACCAUCUAGCUUUCUGCAAUCAUGUUGGAAUUUGGAAAUUGGAAGUGGCCAGGCUCCAUGUAUACUGCCUCUGGUGUUCCUAGACUUGCUACAGUGUCACAUUUGACCUCACACAACCAGUAGUGGCAUGUUGGUGUGUUGUGCUGGUAUGAGUGUUUCAGGCACAGCAGUGUUAGUUUUUACUUGCUGUCCACUUUUAGACUGUAGCUCAUCUUUUUUCAUGCACUAUUUGUCGCACUCCAGCCCAGGGGUCACCAACCCUCCUCCUGUAGAUCUACUUCCUUGCAGAAUUUGUUUGCAGCCUGUUAGCUGGAUAUUUUUGGCUGCUGGGCUAUUUUCAACCCAUCUGUUGGAUUCAGGUGUUUAAAAUUCCCAGCAACACCUGCUGUGCCUGCAAACACAUACUGAUGUACUACUACCAUGUCGGUGCUGCAAGUGGUCCACCACUUAAAUAUCUGAUAGAACCGUUUACAACACGAUUUCACCAUUCAAAGAACCCUUUAAGCUCGCGAAUGUGUUUUCAUUUAUUUAUUUAUUUUUUGAGCAUUCAUUGUUCUAUAUAGAACCACUGUCCUUUUAGAGAACCCUUAAGGAACCAUUUUUUUAAGAGUGUAGCUAAUAAACUGGACACUUAGUGUACAUAGUCUGCAUUCACAGUUUUGUUUUUCAGACAGUGAUUUCCAAAGUAAAGAAAGUGAAGACUUUUCUAUGCAGUAUACAGAACAGCUUCAGGCUACUGUCAGCCCGAUCAGUACAGGCUGAACAGAAGAGAGGGUAAGAUGACUCCUUUACCCUUCCCUAGACCUCACUCACAGAGCAGUGCGCAUACAGCUCUAAAAAUCUGCAGCAUGUUCCCUGACAACUGCAAAAGGUAACUUUCAAAUCACAAGUCAUAUUUACCUUCAAAUAGAUAUGAGCAAUAGCCAACAGCUGAUGACCUGAAUAAAUACCUCUAUUAAUCUAAACCUCAGUCGUGUGUUGUGAAAAUCAGUACUCAAACAGUCUGUAAUGAUCUUCUGAAGUAUGAUGGACCUCCUCAAUAAAAUAAUCAAUGUUUAAUCUUA